AUGACUGACUUACACCAAAAACACCCAGACGAUCUCGAAGAGAUUCUCGAUGGUCAAUUCGAAGAUGCAGAUGCUAAUUUUGCUCGUCCAACUAUUAGAGUGUCCGAAGCUACAGAGGACACGCCCACUCCAGGUCCGUCAUCAUUAGAGGUUAAUGAUGACAUCACAGAGCAAAAACAACCAGAGCCCACUCCAAUUCGCAUCAAGACUCGGGAAUCAUGUAUUGGUGUACCACCAAUAGACCCACUGAAUCUGUCUGCGAUUCAAAACUUCCAGCUCCAGCAAAUCCGAACAAAGCUGCGUGGAUUUAGUGAACGGCACAAGGAGCUGCUGGAAAUGGCCGCUCAAAUAACUAGGCUCACGUUAGACGAACUCGAGGGCCACGAAAAAAUGCUGGAAGCUGAUUGGAACGAGGUAGUGGCCAUUCAGAAGGAAUUCGCGGUCAACCUGCUUCCCAUUCAAGAAUACCUGGCCUAUGAGGGGUACAAAAAGGCCACCACAUGGCGUCGGGAUUGCUCAAAGUUGAUUUAUCAACUAAAAGGGCAACUCAAAAAAGAGGAGGCGAACACCUCAACUAAGCAAGCCAACCAAUUAAAGCGUAUCUCACUCAUCACUUUCGAUGGAAGUCACUCUAAAUGGAGCCAAUUUAGAGAUCUCUUCCAAUCACUGGUGGGCAAGGACGACUCAAUCCCGCCAGUACAGACGCUGGUUCGCCUCAAGGAAGCACUCAAGGGAACAGCCUCUCAAUUAUUGUCCACCUUCACAAUAACUGAGGAAAAUUAUGAGAAGGCAUGGGACAAAUUAGUGAGGAAAUACGAGGAUCCUAGAUUAGCAGCACAGGCUCUAUUCAACAGGGUCCUCAGUCUUCCCAAGAUCACUAAGGCGAACGCAGAGAACCUCAAUUCGAACGCAGCAGCUACUCUGGAGACGUUCGAUCAGCUGAUCGCCACAACAAGACUGCCAAAAGACCAAAUUUUGGAACAGAUGCUGGUUCGUCUAUUAAGAAGAUCUCUGGACACAGAGGCCCUAAGAGCAUGGGAACUCAAAGUAGGGGAUUCCAAGGAUUUCCCAUCACUCAAGGAGUUCACCAACUUCGUGGAGUCGUGCGCACGAGGUAUCAACGCAGGAGAACGACUCCAUCCGAAGACUCAAACUCAACGACCACGACCAGCAUCUCCUCAAGGGACACGAAGAGUUUUCACAGCCUCAACUCAAUCAGUUGAUCAUCGAGAGGCAACAAAGCCCAGCAACAACUGCGCUUACUGCAAGGGGUUGCGUUUCAUUGCGAAUUGCGACAAAUUUAUAGCCCUAUCACCAAUCCAGAGGAACGACUUCGUCUCUACCACCAGACUGUGCUUUAACUGUCUAGGGCCACACAUCUUCUCAAAGUGCAAAACUCAGAAGACGUGCUUCACCUGUAAACGCAGGCACCACACGUUGAUACACGGAGGCAGCCCACACACAAAGGGGGAGGUUCAUCAAAACGAGCCAGUGGCCUCCACCUCAAAGGCAGAAAGUGCACCUCCGAAGAAGGAGUCGUCAGAUUGGAACUCUAGACGUACAUCACCGGAGACUACGCUCAACACGGCAACGAUCAGUAAGGCAGAAGAGACACACAAUCAGAAGAUACUCAACAAUCAGCGGGGUCACCAAUCGAAAGACACUCACCAACGCGUGUUGCUAGCCACAGCCCAAGCAAGGAUUCAAUCUCCAAGAGGCUUCACACUGAAUAUAAGAAUGCUGCUCGAUCAAGGAUCAGAGCUAUCCUUCAUCUCCGAGCAACUAGUAAAAUCUCUCGACCUCUCAAUAAUGUCAUCAUCAAUUGAGUUCAUCGGAAUCGCAGAAACGAACGCAGGACGCACGAGAGGAGUAGCUCCAAUUACACUCUACGCACUCGACGGGUCAGAACAAGUUGACCUUGAUGCCCACGUUCUCAAGAAACUCACCGUGAAGCUACCAUCCUUCUCCUGCAAAUCACCAAGGAUCGACCCACUCCAAGGUCUUCAACUAGCCGAUCCAGACUAUCUCAAACCUGGGCCAAUAGAGAUCAUAUUAGGAGCUGACACCUAUGGGCGGAUCCUCAAGCAGAGAGUAGUCAGCUCCAGUAACACUCAAUUAGUUGGCCAACAAACCGUAUUCGGAUGGAUCCUAUCCGGACCAGUUGAAUGCAAAGGUUGUUCACCAAGGAUUUCAUUAUCGGCCGUAAAGGAAUCCAUAAAUGUACAACUGCUAGAGCUUCUUCAAAGAUUAUGGACUCAGGAAGAAUUACCAACAACGCACACCUCAGAGCUAUCACCAGAUGAACUCCAGACAUCAGCAGAAGCACUCGGCAACUCAAAGCUCAAAGCCUCAAGGCAACUACAGUCAGUUGCACGUCGUCUCAAGGCAGACGAUAAUUACGCCAAGCUCUAUAGAGACUUCAUCGACGAGUAUGAGGCAUUAGGACACAUGAGGAGAGCACCAAUAGAAGGAGAACCCUCUACAUCAUACUAUCUACCGCAUCACGAGGUUCUACGAGAAGACGCACUCACUACGAAAUUGAGAGUAGUCUUCAACGGCUCAAGCAAAACCUCAUCAGGAAUAUCCCUCAACGACAUCCUCUAUCCUGGUGGGAAGAUCCAAGCAGACACGAUGAACGUCUUGACAUGGCUGAGAAAGCACAAACUAGUCUUUGGAACAGACAUAGUCAAGAUGUUUCGACAGAUAAACGUUCACAAGGACCAGUGGAAUCUCCAGAGAAUACUGUGGCACAAUUCGCAACAGCUCAUCACCUACGAGCUCACCACAGUUACGUACAGAUUAAACUGUUCUCCAUGGCUAUCUUUAAGAGUGCUCCAGCAAUUAGCAGAGGACAAAGGCCAUCGAUAUCCUGCCGCAGUUGAGACACUCACCAAAGGCAGAUAUGUCGAUGACAUUUACGGUGGAGCAGAAACCGCAGAAAAACUCAGAGAAAUCGCCUGGCAGCUGAGUGGUCUUUGCCAAGCAGGCGGGUUUCGACUCCAGAAGUGGAGCAGCAACUGUCCACAAGCCUUGGAGACAUUAGGAAUAUCAUCAAUUCAAUCGAUAAUCCAAUUGCAAGAGCCUAUCACCAGAGUCCUUGGAUUGUAUUGCCAUCAAACCAGUGAUACAUUCCAAUACAAAUCAAAGGAGUUUGAUUCAGCGGUGUUCACGAAGAAAACAACAUUAUCAGAAAUAGGUCAACUCUUCGAUCCAUUGGGACUCAUCGCACCAGUAGUCACUCCAGGGAAGAUAAUCAUCCAAGAUCUAUGGAAGUUAAAGCUCAACUGGGAUGAACCUCUACCGGAAGACUAUCAACGCCAAUGGAAAGACUUCAGGCUCAAUCUCAAGACGCUGAAUCAAAUCUCAGUACCGAGAUGGUUGAGAAUUUCAUCCAAGACGAAGAGAAUCCAAAUCCAUGGAUUUGCAGACGCCUCCACCGCAACAAUGGGUGCAGUAGUGUACCUCAGGACAGAGAACCUCAAUGAGCCUAUUUCAACAGUACUGGUGUGCGCAAAAACAAGGGUGGCUCCUAUCAAGCGCAUGACCAUUCCUCGUCUUGAACUCAACGCAGCUGUCCUGCUUACGAAGUAA